CUUCUUUCGGCUCAACGCACCAGCUCCACUCGACGAACUUAUCUCAUGCCGAAGUUGCAUUGGGGAAUUUUUAUGCUGGUGCCAGGGUUGGCACAAAAGUUCAGCUGCACAUCGACUACAGAUACGAAAGGUGUUGGCUUGGAUGUUUUGCAGACGGAGACAACGAACACAGAUUUUUGUAGCGAAAUGCCGACCACCGACACUGUAGGAGAGUUAGUCGACUCUUGCGCCGCAUUCUGCGGGGGCGGCAACAUUCCGCUUCUGGUCGGUAUCCCUUCUUAUGGCUUUAGCCACAGUGACAUCGACAAAGUAUGCCUGGCUGAUGACAACUCUUUAGCGCAGUACAACGCCUCGCACAUGAACAACUGUCGUGCAUGGUCGCAAGCAUUGCAGCUGAUCAACACCAGAGCAGCGGGUUUGGUUGCUGCUUUGGAGAACAUGACCAUGGCGCAGCUAAACUUCAAAGCAGGCAUCGCGCUGAAGUCCAAGGAGCUUGCGGCGACUAUGGCCUCAGACCAAACGAAAGAUCGCCUCUUGAGUGUUACAUCGAGUCAAACUGCCAGCGAAUAUCGCACCAUCCUGGAAGCUGGAGUCUCUGACUUCUUGUCAAGUGGCAAGUACAGGAGAGAUUUGCAGGACACGAUGGAGGUGUUGCGCAAUGCAGGCCGCACCUUGGAUGCCGCAUUGAGCAGCAACCUGCCGCAGCUCAGGAAGUUUGUAGACUUAUGCGGCGACUUGUUGGUGUCCACGGGUGGAACCUUUGGCAUCACUGGGGAGACUGGCACCCCGCCGCAGAACAGCACCGGCCGCCGGCUUCAGACCGCUGGCGGCCCCGUGGAUGUUUGCGCAGAGGCAGAGGUGGUCUUCAAGGAUGACAAAUCACAGCGGUAUGCAGAGCUGCAAUCCACGGCCGAAGGGAAUCAAUUGCUGCAGGCUCACCUGUCUGCUUUGGCAACUGCAUACCCCGACUUCUAUAGCGAAAGCAACUGCCGGAGCAGCAGGCGCUUGGACGCAGCUGAGCAAGAGCCUGAGGUUCAGGAAGGAGGUGGAGGCGGAGCAGGAGAGCCACUUGAACGAAUC